AUGAAUAUUUCGGAGAAAAAGGGAAAAAUUCCACCAGCCCCAACCCUAGCUGCUACAGGCAAUCUGUUAUCAAGUGUAGCACCACCAUCAGAAUUACCCAACUUUAUAACAACAAGCGUAAGCCCACCAACUCAAAACGAAGCUCAAAAUCCUGUUCCUAGUCAGAUUAAAAAACAAGAGGUACCAUCAAAUGCAAUAGAAAUGUCACCACCAUCUCCAGAACGUUUUAGUCCAGCAAUUCCAUUAUCAAAAGGGGAGCCUACAGUGUCAAUCCGAUCUCCAGUUGAGUCAGAAACUACACAAUCACCAGAAUCUCUGCCAGAAUCUGUACCUGAUUUGGAUACAAUUGGUGACAUAAUGCCAGGAAGUGGAUUGAUAACAUGGGUGAAAGGAGCCAUGUCUAGUGGUGGAAUUUUACAGAAAGUUGCAGAAAAAGCCAAGAACUCAGUUGACUCUAUGAUCACUACUUUGGACCCACAAAUGAAAGAAUAUUUGCGUAGUGGAGGUGACAUGUACAUAGUGGUAGCGUCAGACAAAGAAGUUAAAAUAUCACCAGUAAGAGAAGCAUUCCAAACUGUCUUUGGGAAGGCCACAGUUGUUGGUGAACCCUCGCAAAGUGACGUCACAGCGGCUCAGCCCGUGAGCUACGCAUCUGCGUACGCGUCGGCGAAACAACGAAUCGCGCAUUUGAGAUCCGUGAACGCGCUAAUUAAUAAUAAUAUUCCCAUCGUCGCCAUUGAGAGCUUUAUUGUGGAAGUAAUGCCUGAUCGAUGGUACGACAUUGCCUUGCUCGUCCUCUCACAGCCGUCUCUCGGCAUAGAAUUACAAGUGCAGUCCCAAGGAACGCCAGUCCCAAGCCCCGCAGUGUUAGCCGCGAGAGAAGCCACGCCCAAAGACUAUGUUCACGCACAAACUGGGUAUAACACGACUGUUGGAUCAAUUAUGGCAACGAAUUUACAGGUUCCACAUACACAUUGGCAAGAAGCCUCAACUGGUGUUUCAAGGCGGGAGUUAUUAUUGCUCGCAUCGCGAUCUCUUGCUGGUUCAUUCAAGAAAAUAUUAGCAGUGUCUGCGGCUGAAACUUGA